AUGGAUAAUAAUUCUUCUUCAGCCCUUCCUGUCCUUGAACCGCUUAGAAAAUAUUCAUCAAAGAUUCCACCUGAACAAUCUCAUUAUGACGGUCGACGUCUAUCUUCCCCACCACCAAAUGAUAUCAAUAAGUUAUACGUUAAUUCCUUUCCUCAAUAUGAUCCAGAUGUGACAUAUGACGGGUAUGAUUUGACGAAAGAUCUCACCCAAUAUCAAUUUGGCGAUGAACGACCAGAAUCAGAUGUCACUAAAAAUGAUGUGAGAAAGAAAAAGAAGAAAAAAAUCGAUGAUCAAGGUGUCGAUAAAAACGGACGAGAACAAUGGUCUGGUAGAUUCGAUUUCUUCUUUUCCUCUCUCGGCUAUGCUGUUGGCCUCGGUGCUGUAUGGCGUUUUCCUUAUCUGUGCUAUCGAAAUGGAGGGGGUGUCUUUUUAAUACCCUAUUUCAUAUUUUUGUUUCUAAUUGGAAUUCCAUUAUUUUUUCUCGAAUUGAAUCUCGGUCAGUACACAUCUCAAGGUGCUUUUCAAUGUUGGCGUAUGGCACCCAUUUUUAAAGGAAUUGGUAUUUCAAUGUGUUUAAUGUCAUUUUUUCUGUGUGUUUACUACACAAUGUUAAUUGCUUAUUCAAUCUUAUAUUUGGUUCUCUCAUUUCGAUCCAAUCUCGCUUGGUCAAAAUGUGGAUCGUGGUCUAGUUCUAACUGUACUGAUGACUAUACCAGAUUCAUAAUGCGAUGUGAUUUUGAGAAUACGUAUCGAGAUCCAAAUGGAAGAUGUUAUUCGUGGGGUGAUCAAGGAUUGUAUCAAAUUGGUUGGUGGAAUUUGCAAAGUCGUUUACUCGAUCGAAAACCAGUAUUACCAUCCGACGACUAUUUCAAUAAUUAUAUCUUGAACAAAUCGCCUGGAAUCGACUAUACAUCAACUGUUGAAUGGCCAUUAGCCGUCUCACUCCUGGCAGCAUGGACUUUAGUCUUCAUUUGUUUAAUUCGUGGAAUUAAAAGUUCCGGCAAAGUAGUUUAUUUCACGGCAGUGUUUCCAUAUGUUAUUUUGUUAAUACUUGGUAUUAGAGGAUGGACAUUACCUGGUGCCUCCAAAGGAAUUGAAUUUUACAUGAAACCUGUAGUUAGCAAAUUGUUGGACGCUCGAGUAAAUGAAGUAUGGAAUGAUGCUGCUAAUCAAAUCUUUUUCGUCUUAUCCGUAAGUUAUGGUGGCCUAAUAACAUUAUCAAGUUACAAUCGUUUUAAUCAGAAUACUCUAAGUAAUACACUAAUAAUCACUCUUGCCAAUGUGGCAACAUCGAUAUUUGCUGGUUUUGUUAUUUUUGCCUAUUUGGGCUAUCUUGCCUAUAUGACAGGUCAAAAUGUUACAAAUGUUGUAUCAGAGGGACCUGGACUAGCUUUUAUUGUAUAUCCAUUCGCUGUGACAACUUUACCAGCAGCACCUCUAUGGUCAAUAUUAUUUUUUCUUAUGCUAAUAACGUUAGGACUUGACUCUGUGUUUGCAUUUGUUGAAACAAUUACAACCGUAAUAACAGAUCAAUUUAAUUCAUUGAGACGACACAGAACUAUUGUGACAUUUGUUGCAUGUGUAUCGAUGUUCGCUCUGGGAUUAGUUUUAUGUACAGAUGCACUUAUUAUUCUUACAUUUAUCUGGUAUCCACGUCUCCAAUUGGGUCCAUACAUCUUUCCAAAAUGGGCAAAUAAUAUUGGCUGGGGUCUCUCGGGACUCAUUAUGUCGGGUGUUGUAUUAUGGGCUUUAUAUUCAAUAUUCGCCGUAUUUUUCAUACAUCGAAAGCCGUUCAGCUCUCUUUUUACACCAGAACCUGAGUGGGGUCCACUUCUUCCUCAAAAUCGAAAAAAAAUGAAGCACUAUGGUAGUCAGACGAGUGGAUUCUACAAUAUAGUUGACUGGGUUAAAAAUCGAUCAAAGAGUGGCGACUCCAAUCGAUCAGGAGACGAAUCAUCUGUCUAG